UUUCACUUGGAAUGCAGAUGGAUAAACUCAACGAAAAUCAAUGUGCGUUCUUCUUGACAAAAAAGAAACGCUAUUGUAGAUUUAAAUCGACUGCAAAUGGAAAAUAUUGCCCAGAGCAUGCAGGGAUUCUUGGGGUUGACCAAGGAAGAGAGAGAGUACCAUGCCCAUUAAACCCGAAACAUUAUUGCUACAAAGACAGUGUAGAGAAACACCUGAAAAAAUGUCAAAAACAGCAGAAGGAAAUGCCGCCAUAUUUUUCCAAAGGAAUAAACAUGGACCGGGAUGGUGUUGAAACAGGACCAGAAGUUAAGACACCAUUAAAAGAGUUUUCAACACCUGAACUACACAAUUUGAUUGAAAAAGUUGAAAAACUUUAUGAUGAACAUGUUAAAGCUAUUGAUGAAGAAAUCCUUCACCAUCAUUGCCUGGAUGAAGAACUUGGUAACGAGUCUUUUGGUAUCCCUGCCAUACGCCACAGAAAACAGCAGGCUUCACUUGUCGGACAGAUUCAGAAGUUGGGCUUGUUACAGGAAGGUUUCUGUUUUGUAGAGUUGGGAGCUGGCAAAGGUAAUCUAUCUCACUGGAUCCAGCAGGCGUUGCCAGACAAAUCCGACCUAGGCUUUGUGUUGGUGGACUAUGGUCAUGUAAGAUACAAGGCAGACAACAGGCACAAAUGGCCGGACACAGGACCCAAAUUUGAACGUCUACGCAUAGAUAUUGCUGAUUUAAAUCUAGGCAUUGUUGAGAGUGUAUCUGCGGGUCAGAGACCAGUGGUAGCGGUCGGCAAACAUCUCUGUGGGGGAGCAACAGACUUGGCAUUGCGGUGUGUCACUAAUACUCUAAAACUGAGAGAAUCAGAGGAACAUUCACAACAACCGGAACAGAAGAAAAUGAGGACAGAGGACAACCCUUCUCAAAGAGCAUCCCUGGCAGGUGUAACCAUUGCACUUUGUUGUCACCAUCGAUGUAGCUGGGAUACUUACAUAGGGAAAGAGUUCAUGGAGAAGUGUGGCCUCACUCAGCGAGACUUUGCUCUGCUGUGUAAACUCAGUGGAUGGACUGCUGCAACCUGGACUGGCUGGAAAACCAAGGAAGAGAUGAAUAGAGAAAUCAGUGGUGUCAGUCUUGGUGUCAGCCCAAAUCGAGAUAUCGGUGGUGUCAGUCCAAAUCGAAAUAUUGAUGGUGUCGAUCCAAAUCGAGAUAUCAGUGGUGUUAGUCCAAAGUGUACAGACAGCAAAGAAGACCAAGGAGAAACCAGCAGCACGGCAAAAAAUAUCAAAGACAAAAACAGACAAACAUCACAACUGGAAGGCAAAACCACAGAAGAUAAAGAGAUCACAGGUUCCAAUGACCUUGAGGAACAUCAAGGACAAGAGCAGUCAUUUUCAAGGACUGACCUACACUUGUCCCCUGCUCAGAGAGAGGAGAUAGGCAGGAAGUGUAAGAGACUGAUCGACUAUGGUCGGGUCCUCUACCUGAGAAACUGUGGACUUCAGAGCCAGCUCAAAACAUACAUAGAGGAAAAACUGACUCCUGAAAAUGUUGUGAUUGUAGCAAAUAUUGCAAGCUGAUAGAUAUAUAUAAAAAUUAUAUGGUUUUAUCAAUAAAGACACUCAUCUCUCGA